CCGAGCACCAAAGAACUCGAAGGUACAUAUAGAGCUACAACAGGCUGAGCAGGCAGCAAGUCGAAGGUAAAGUGGAGUGUGCGCAAGCCACAAGGGGAGGAGCUCGAGUCUGAAUUGCCAAGCAGAGCUCGAAACAACCAACCACAGCUCGCGCAACCAACGCCAGAACAUCUACCUUCUAUUUGCCCGAUACAAACCACCCAACUUCAGCUAAAAAUACCGCAAUGAACAAAGAAAAGAACCAGACCUUGUUCGGAGGCAGUCGGUCUUGGAAAGCCGAAGACUGGACCGCAAGCGACGAUCGUGUACGUGGUGGGAAAUCACAGUCUUUCCUCGAAUGUCACAACAGCACAGGGCGAUUCCAUGGCAAUCUCGACAUUCAAACUCUUGGUGGCGCGGGAUUUGCAAGCCAGCGGACUACGGGCGAGGACAGAAGCUGGGAUCUGUCUGCCUAUGCAGGAAUCGUGCUCGACAUUGCAGAAGCGGACGACAAAAGAUACACCUUCAUCCUCAAGGACGAACUGCUUCCCCGCAAUCCAGACACUGGACGUGAACAAGCCACUAUCUCGUGGGAGUACGAUUUCAAGCCUUGUUUCGGGGAAAGCAGUCUCGAGAAAGGUGGCCUUGUAUUCGUUCCAUGGUCUGGUUUGAAACCAACCUAUCGCGGUAAAGAAAAGGAGCAUGCGGAUCCCAUCAACCUCAAGACGAUUAAGCGGAUGAGUAUCAUGAUGAGGAGCUUCUUUGGCGACCAGGAGGGUCCGUUCUCUCUAACCUUGCGUUCCAUCUCUGCGGCCACGAGCUCACCGGUCGAGCCCGGCAGACUCGAACAGGGUGCCGCAACGUCUGCAGCAAGUAACACCAAUCGAUGGACUUGGUAUCGCCAAUCGUUUACUGUUGCAUUAUCGCCGUGGCGCAUCUGCGGGCUCGCUUUGCUUGCGACUGCACUAUUCUGCGUACAUCGCAGCAGUUCGCGAGCAGCCUGAUUUCAAGUCCGAGCGAAGAACUAAAGGGUCGCACUGAAUGAUGAAUGGUCUUGCUUCCAAACCCAAGUCGUACAGUUGGGUGCGCGUGGCCUACUCGUACAGAGCCACCUUGUUUAAUGUAGAAAAAAUGGAGUGUAGUGCAAGAUAGACCUGUAUCUGUUUUACCAACCCCGUGGGUCAGUACGAACCAAGGCGACACGUGGUUUGUAUAACAACCUCUC